UUGGUCGAAUUAUGUUUCAGCUCUUCUCAGACAUAUGUCCAAAAACAUGCAAAAACUUCCUGUGCCUGUGCUCAGGGGAGAAAGGCCUUGGGAAAACAACUGGGAAGAAGUUGUGUUAUAAAGGUUCUACAUUCCACCGUGUGGUUAAAAACUUUAUGAUUCAGGGUGGGGACUUCAGUGAAGGUAACGGGAAAGGUGGAGAGUCCAUCUAUGGCGGAUACUUUAAAGAUGAAAACUUUAUUCUCAAACAUGACAGAGCGUUCCUUUUGUCAAUGGCAAAUCGCGGGAAACAUACCAAUGGUUCCCAGUUUUUCAUAACUACAAAGCCUGCUCCACACCUGGAUGGGGUUCAUGUUGUCUUUGGACUGGUUAUUUCUGGUUUUGAAGUAAUUGAACAGAUUGAAAAUCUGAAAACGGAUGCUGCAAGCAGACCUUAUGCAGAUGUCCGAGUUAUUGACUGUGGGGUGCUUGCCACAAAGUUGACCAAAGAUGUGUUUGAGAAAAAAAGGAAGAAACCGACACAUUCAGAGGACUCGGACUCUUCUUGCAAUUCCUCUUCCUCUUCAGAAUCUUCCUCAGAAAGUGGAGUUGAACAGGAGAGAGUCAGAAAGAGGAGACAUAAGAGGAGGCCAAAAGUCAGGCACACUAAAAAGAGACGGAAGGAAGUGAGCAGUUCAGAGGGACCGAGGGGGAGGCGCACAGUGAGCCCUGAAGGUUAUUCUGGAAGGAGUGAUGUGAAUGAAAAAGGGUCAGGUGACUGGAGUGCUAAGAGAGAAAAGCCGGUUGUCCGUCCAGAAGAGAUCCCUCCAGUCCCUGAGAACCGGUUCUUACUUCGCAGAGAUAUGCCUGCUGUCACAGUGGAGCCUGAACCGAACAUCCCAGAUGUUGCACCUGUUGUAAGUGAUCAGAAACCAUCUGUAUCAAAGUCUGGAAGGAAAAUUAGAGGAAGAGGCACAAUUCGCUAUCACACACCUCCAAGGUCAAGAUCCCAUUCUGAGUCGGAAGAUGAUGACAGCAGUGAAACUCCUCCUCACUGGAAGGAGGAGAUGCAGAGACUGAGAGCUUACAGGCCACCAAGUGGAGAGAAAUGGAGCAAAGGAGACAAGCUAAGUGACCCCUGUUCAAGCCGAUGGGAUGAAAGAAGCCUGUCCCAGAGAUCCAGAUCGUGGUCCUAUAAUGGGUGCUAUUCAGAUCUCAGCACAGCGAGACAUUCUGACGGGCACCACAAGAAACGCAGGAAGGAAAAGAAGUUUAAGCACAAGAAAAAAGCUAAAAAGCAGAAACACUGUAGAAGACACAGACAGACGAAGAAGAGAAGACUGGUUGUGCCAUCUGAUUUAGGACCCUCAAGACCUUCCACCCACCGAAGGAAGUCCUCUUGCGAUAGAGGAAGGAGAUCCCGUGCCUCCCCCUCCUCCUCCUCCUCCUCUCAUCACUCAUCCAAGCGGGACUGGUCUAAAUCAGACAGGGGUGACCGGAGCUCUUCAACCCACUCUAGCAGAAACUCCUACAGAUCCAAGUCUCAUUCACGAUCUGAUUCUAGAGGGAGCUCGAGAUCAAGGGCUCUGUCAAAGUCCAGAUCUAGUUCCAGAUCAGGGCGCCGAAGGACAGCAUCAAAAUCACCAAAAAAGCCUCCUCAUUUGAGUGACAAUAAGCCAGUUAAGACAGAACCUUUAAGAGCAUCGAUGCCACAGAAUGGAAGUGUGCUAGUACAGCCAGUGGCAGCAGAGAACAUCCCUGUGAUCCCUUUGAGUGACAGCCCUCCCCCCUCUCGGUGGAAGCCUGGACAGAAGCCCUGGAAGCCCUCUUAUGAGCGAAUUCAGGAGAUGAAGGCUAAAACAACCCAUUUGCUGCCUGUCCAAAGCACAUACAGUUUAACAAAUAUUAAAGAGACUAGAAGUUCAUCAUCCUAUCACAAAAGGGGAAAAAAUUCAGAAAGCGACGGGAGUGCUUAUUCAAAGUACAGUGAUAGGAGUUCAAGAGGCUCAGGGCGGUCAGGGGACAGGUCUUCCAGGAGCAGGUCAUCCUCUAGGUCAUAUACAAGGUCAAGGUCACGAAGUCCUCCUACUUCACGAUCACAGUCUAGGUCUCUGUCAUCUAGGUCGCGCUCACAAAAUAAGUACAGUGAUGUUUCCCAGCGCAGUAGGUCAUCUUCAUACACCUCUGUUAGUAGUGAUGAUGGAAGACGAGCCACAAGGACAUUUAGAUCCAGUGGGGAAAAAAGUAUCACUACAAAUAAAAGACACUGCAGCAGCUCGAAAAAGAUACUUCACAGCAAGUAUGUUAAAGGCCGAGAGAAGUCAUGUCAUAGGAGGUAUAGUGAAAGUAGGUCAUCUUUAGAUUACUCUUCAGACAGUGAACAGUCACAUGUUCACGGUGUGCACUCAGCCCCCGAGAGGAAACCGGGGAAAAUAGAAGUGUUGAAUGAUAAGCAGGGGAAAAACAGAGAAGAAGGAAAGUCCAAGCCUGAAUGGGAAAAAAGAGCUUUGAAAGAGAGUCUCUCUGAUCAGUCUAGAGAUGGCAGUCAGUCCAGAGGGAAGCACUGUGCUGGGAGCAAGUGGGACUCGGAAUCAAACUCAGAGCAAGAUGUGACUAAGAACAGGAAGAGUGAUUCCCGGAGAUGUUCGGAUAAGGAGGAGGGCGAAGCCUCUUCAGACUCUGAGCCAGAAGUUGGUCAGAGUCACCUCAAACUCCCAGCAAAGCCUUCAUCAAACACUUCUCUGCCUGACAGUAAUGGUGCCUGGAAGUCUAGGCGACCACAGUCUUCGGCCUCUGAGUCAGAGGGCUCCUGCCUCAACUUGGGAAACAUUAGAAUGGAGCCCCAGAAGCAAAAAUGUCCAAAGGAUAGUAGUCUUAAAGGGGAUCACACGAAAAAGGUGAGGGAGAAACUGAAAGACAAAGAAGUCAGAAAACACAAGGCUCCAAAGCGGAAGCAAGCCUUCCAUUGGCAGCCUCCACUGGAGUUCGGAGACGAGGAGGAGGAGGAGGUGAGCAGAGAGCAAGUCCCACAGGAGCCGGAAGAGAAGCGUGAGACUGGGAAAGACACUAUUCCAAAGGUAGAGAAGACCUGUAACGAAGGCAGCUGCCCCAGGAACCCUAAGAAGGAAACUGCAGAGCACGACCCACUUGCAGAGGGUGAUCACACUCCCAGCUCUUGCCCUGCACCUCUGAAAGUGGAAGAAAAUGCCACCAGCUCUCCCGCUAGCGCCCAGCACAUUGAAGAGCAUGUCCCCGGUGGAGGGGAGGACGUGCUUCAGACAGAUGACAACAUGGAGAUUUGCACCCCUGAGAGGAGUUCCCCUACAAAAGGAGAGGGGGUGUCCCCAUUAGAAAACCACAGGCUGGACAGCCCAGAGGUGAGCAUUAUUCCAGAGCAGGUUGAGCAUGUGACACAGCCCAGAGCAGGAGGAAAACAAGAAAGCAUUGUGUCUGAGAGUAAAACCUCAAAUGAAGGUGGGAAACAGGACAGCUCUGCCAGCUUGGCCAGUCCUGUAGAAAUUGCUGGAAAGAAGGAGGGAACUGAGAAGAACCAUAUGAACCUCACAGAUAAGUGGAAGCCAUUGCAAGGUGUAGGAAACCUGGCAGUGCCCACUGCAACCACAUCCAGUGCUCUAGAUGUGAAGCCAUCGGCUCCUGUGCCUGACGUGAAACCACAAGGCUUGAGAAUAGAAAUCAAAAGCAAAAAUAAAGUUCGGCCCGGGUCUCUCUUUGAUGAAGUAAGAAAGACAGCACGCCUAAACCGGAGGCCACGGAAUCAAGAGAGUUCCAGUGAUGAGCAGACACCUAGUCGGGAUGGUAAUAGCCAGUCCAGGAGUCCACACAGAUCUCGAAGUAAAUCUGAAACCAAAUCUCGACACAGAACAAGGUCUGUCUCCUAUAGUCAGUCAAGAAGUCGAUCCAGAAGUUCCACAUCCUCUUACCGGUCAAGAAGCUACUCUAGAAGCCGGAGCAGAGGUUGGUACAGCAGAGGCCGAACCCGCAGCCGGAGCAGUUCCUAUGGAAGUUUCCAUAGCCACAGGACAUCCAGCAGGAGCAGGUCCAGGAGCAGCUCCUAUGACCCCCACAGUCGCUCCAGCAGAUCCUACAGUUACGAUAGCUACUACAGCCGGAGUCGCAGCCAUAGCCGCAGCCAGAGGAGCGACAGUUACCAUCGAGGUAGAAGUUACAACAGGCGGUCCAGGAGCGGAAGAUCCUACGGUUCGGACAGUGAAAGUGACAGAAGCUACUCUCGUCACCGGAGCCCCAGUGAGAGCAGCAGAUACAGCUGAGGCAGCUUUGUACACAAAUUGUAUCUUAAUUGUAAAUACCUGCUAACUUAAAGCUUAAGACACUGGAUGGCAGUCUGUUUUGUUUCAGUAUUAGAGCUCAAGUCCAGCAGUGGCUAUUUCUUGUCACUUACAUGUGUGCAGAAGAAUUUAAAGUACAGAUGUCAACUAGAAAUAUUUUUAUGACCCAUUUUAUAGUAAACAACUAUGGAAUUUUCAUUUUCUUGAAUCAAGAAAUGGUGAAAUUGAUGUAAGUAUAAUUUGCAGUGUUAUUUUAGAUAGUCCAUAGAAUUCAGGGUUGUCAGUGUUUUCAGGUUUUAGCAUCUGUGCUGCCAAACAGUUGUGGAGAGCUGUCACAAGCCACAUGUCCCCAUGCCGGUGGUUAUAGUCUUGUUUGUGUGCUGUCAAAUCAGGCCAUCCACAUCCGUAUUGACUGGUCAGGUGUGCAGGGUGGUGGCUCAUGCCACCAAGUCUGCCUUUCCACAGAGAGUGCCGGAAACUCAGAUGGUAGUUGUGUUGCUGUCCCAGCUCCUACCUUGGUGCUUGGUGCCUUUGGUUCCUCUUACACCUUACUUCAUGUGCUACACGUCCUGAUGCCAGAAGAGAGAAUCAUGACUUCUUUUUAAAUUUACUGGCACCAAAAAUUACUUCUUCUGAGCUGGGUUCACUGGGUGUAGGGGCUUCUUCCAAACAGAUAUGUGGUGGAGGUCAGUUGGAACAGAGCCUGCAAGGUGGACCAUCUUAUUUUGCACAUGUGUGCUUGAAGAGCCAACUGAAGAGUGGACUUCAGAAGUAACUCCACAGUCUUUAAUUACCACAUCCCAGAGACACUUUGGCAAGCAAAGCUUUACUCUCACUCACACUGUGGCAACAACCAGCCUUUUCCCUGUUUGCGUUGAAACCCCCACUGGCUCUGCGAAGCCCUGCCUGACCGGAGAAAACCCAGGACAAGAGUUGGCAGAAGGAUUACAGGCUGUUGCACAGAUAGAUGUUCUUGUGGCUUUGCGUGGUUCCUCCAAAAAUAGCCUAGUCUGUAAAAACUAGUUUGGGUUUCUUUCUUUGUUUUACUCUUUAGUUUGCAUUCUUUCCCCAAGUGUACUUAAUCACCUUAGUGCCGGUUUAAUCCUGUUCACAGAAGGAAUUUCUGUAUGUGGUGUGGAAAUCUAUACCAUCCAAUCCCAGGCCUUGCUGGUUAUGUCAGCAGAAGAAAAGCCUCGAGCUGGAGGAGCUUCCAGCCCUGGCCUGAUGGAGGGAGGCACUGAAUGUAUGAAAAUGGUCUUCAGGGCCAUGUGGUGUGGGGCUCAGGGAUAGCAUGUAAUGAUGCUCUGGGUUCAGUGACCAGCACCCCAAAAUAAAUAAUGCUGUCACCCUAUGAGGUAUGUAAAUAGCGUUUUGGUGACUAGCCAUUGUUCAACAUGCCAGUAAAUAUAAGUUCAUUGGAAACAUCAGAAGUCGGUGCUUGGUUGGCGAAGAGUAAACAUGUGGUUUAAUAGUGGGGCUUUUGUUCCCAAAAGUUCCCUGCAAACAAGAGGUUUGAAUCUACUGGCUGGUGAGAAGAAUGCAUUCAGAGCCCAAACAGACUGCCAAAUGCAAUUAGUAAGGAAAGGUCGCUGUUGGGCAAUGUAUUGUUUUGUAGCUGUGUAACAAAUUAUCCCAAAUUUCUCAGCCUAAAACAGUGCCCAUGCAUCAUUGAGUGUCAAUUUUGUAGUCCAUGGCCAGACAUGGUGUGGUUGACUUCGCUGCUCAGGGUCUCAAGACUGUGACUAAGUGCUGAAAGGGUGCAUUCCUCAUGAAGGUGUGGAAGGUGUGACUUUCUUGUAGACUGUCAACUGGGGACCCGCCAGGCUCUUUGGCGGCUGCCCACAUCCCCUGCCCUCUUCAACAGGGUUCCUUUGAGUCUUUGUCUUUCUUCAAAACGUCUGCCUUCCUCCUGUUUCAAGGGUCCAUGUGACUAGAUCAAACGAGAUCAGAGAGCAGUCCCUGUCUGCAGUCCCGUGGCCAGAGGAGUUGCAGGUACUGGCAGGGCUCUGGGGGUUGGCACAGGAAGAGACAGGGCUGCUACCUGCUGCCACCAUGGACAGAGCUUAACCUGCCCAGCACAGGCUCUCGUCCUCAGCAUUGUCUGCCUGGCUGUUUAUACUCAAGUGAACGACAGAAAUGGAUUUUCUUCCUAACCAGGAUCAUUCUGUAUUUUGAAGUUAUUUUUUUAAUAAAAUUAAAUUAUGUUGUGUAACGUGCUUAAUAGAAAAUGCUUUAUUGGACAGUUUUGUAACAUCCUGUUUACUGCAAAUGGCAUAGUUGAUAUUGUCAAAAAUGUAGAAAAUACUUUUGUACAUACUAAGCAAUGUUUAAUUUGUAUAUAUCAAUUAAAUUUCCCUGCAACUUGAAAAGGGUCUUGUAGAAAUGAAAAUACAUGCCAAGUUGAGUCUG